UUUAUUGAAAGUACGUUGUACCAAGAAAAUGUCAUAUAUUGUAUAACAUUUGAAAUAUUUCAUUCUUCUCACUUUUACCCUUCAAUUCUAAUAUUUGGUAAAUAGAGUUAGAAAUAAAUAAUGGAAGAGAAUUUGGCACAAAGAGAAUCUCUUGGUACACAGCCACAGUCACGGUGGCAAAGUUUGACAAGAACUUUGCGAGCUAUUCUCCCUAAAUACUCCAACAAAAGUCGCUAUAAUAAUGAUAUUAGUGCUAUUCCUUCACAAAUAGAAAAUUCAGACAAUUCUGACCAUUUUCUUUUAGUGUCGAUAUCAAAUUCUCAACAGCCACCUUCAAGACCAAAACACCAUAUUAUGUUUAUUUUAAUUACAAUUGUUGAUUUAAUUGUAAUUAUUAUGUUCUUAAAGCAAAGUUCUUGGAAUCAUUCAUGGGACUUAGUUGGUCUCGGAAUAUUUCGGAUAAUUUUGGUGCUAGGAGUGACUUCAUCAAUUCGGAUCAGGGACUUGGGCUGGAUACUGGGGGGUGCAUGCGGGGCUUCCUCAUUGUACAUCAUAUUUAAGGCCUAUUUGUUAGUUCAAUCUAAACAUCCAAUUGACUUCGUUUUAACUUCUUUCAUUUUCUGUCAAAUAUAUUGGAUAACUUUCAUUUUAGCAAUAACUGAUAGAAAAGAACAAACAUAUUAUUUACAAGACAGUAAUAUAUUUUUUGAAGAAGAAGAACAUAGUCAAUCUAGCCCUUUGAAUACACUUCGUAGGGACUUUACGUUAAAUUCAAAUAUACGAACAUAUGGUGCUACUGUUCAUGGUAGUGACAAUAUUGACACUUUAAUUAAUGAAGGUGAAAUUACUAGUUCAGCAAUCGAUAUUUUAGAAGCUAGAAGAGAUUAUAAUACUAUUAAAAUAUCCAAUACUUCUGCUUCCACAUCAUUACCGAUCCCAAUCGCAUCAUCUGCAGAAAGAAGUGACAAAUCAUUAAAAGAGAGAUACAAGAAUAACAUGAAGUUACAAGAUAGUGAAUUUCCUUUGCAUAAACAUAAGAGUAAAAAUGUUGCAGAAGAUGAUGAACAAUUGAACGGACAAAACAAUAGCACUUCUAGGAGAUAUCCAACUAAAGCUGAUACUGAUUAUGAUUAUUUGUUAAAUGAUGAUUAUGGUGAUGAAGGAUUGAUCGUAACUUCUAUUGGAUGCGGUGAAAGUGUUAGAGAUCGAUAUUUUCAACCAUCAAAAGAUGAUUUACUUGAUUUUAAAACACCUGCUUUAAAUGAUGAAUCAGGUGAUGAAAAUGAUGAAUCCUUGUCGGUGAACCAUAAAAAACCUAUUAAAUUUAUUGAAAUUAAUUCUAAUGAUAAAAAAACCUCAACUUCCUUUGAAAAACCUUAUAUACGUAAAUACCCAAGUGAAAGUUUGGGAAAUUUUCAUUAUGAAGAUGAUGAAGAAUUUAAUUUUCAGUCAAAUUAUGCAAGAGGAGAUGGUGAUUUCGUUGGGAGUGCACCAGUUGGGAAUGGGAGGUGGUCUACUUUGAAAAGGAAGAAAAUUGAGUUAGAUGCCAGUAAAAAUUUGAAUUAUAUUGAUGGUUCGAAAGGCAAAGAAAUUUCUGAAUCAGAAAUCAUUAAUAAUGAUUAUGGUAAAGAAAAAAAGAAAUAUGAACCUAUUAUGUCCCCUAAUUCUAGUUUACUAACUGCUGCAUUUAGUUUUGAAUUAACUUUGCAAAAUAAUUCUAAGACCAAAUCACCUGAAAAAUCUAAUGAGCAAGCACAAUCAUCCGAAGCAAAUGAUACAGAAACAUCGUCUAUAUCAAAGAACCGUCCAGAUUUGUCAAUUACACUCCCAUCUACUGUUUUUCCGGUUAAUCAGAAUAAUUUUACACCAAAAUCAUCUUCACCUUUAGCUUCUCGCGUUCCAAUUUUCGCUUCAACCGAAAAUAAUGAAGAAAACAUAAUACAAGAUAAUAAUGAUUCCAAAUCAGAUGUUCUUGUCGGUAAAAAAAUUAACAAUUUAUCGAUGACACCUGAAAAUGUGGCCAAUAUUUUAUUAACACCAAUAGUAGAAGAAUCAAAUCCAUUAACGUUAAAAGGAAAACCGUAUUCUUUAAGUACACUCAAGAAUUCUAAUAGUAAUAACAUCAACAAUAAUGAUAUAAGUGUUAUUAAAAAAUCGAGUCAUACUCGUGAACCUUCAAAUUCCCUUCAAAUGUUAUUCGCUGAUAUUCAGAAUAAUAAUGAGAAAAAUUCAAACAAUUCAACUAAUAAAAAUAAUAAUAAUAAUAAUUUAGGAAUAGAUAAUAAUGAAAAUAACCAAACAAUAUUUACAAAUAGCUUUAAUAUAGCAGUAAAGAAAUUUUGGAAUAAUGAAUUUAGUGAAGCGGAAGGAAUUUUUAAUAGGUUUAAAAAUUGUAUACCAAGAUGGAAUGUCACUUACGCUGAGAUGCAAUUGGUCAAACAUUUAAUGAAAGGUCAAUCAUUAGAUAAUGAAAACCCAGAAUUAUCAAAUGCUCUUAUGGAAGCUGAAAAACUGGCCAUAAAAGUUUGUGAAAAUAAGGAUGAUUUUGUAAGAUAUAUAUGGCUUAGAUUAGCGAUAAUAUUUUAAAUUACAUGAAACUAAUUUAAGUUUUAUUUUAUUUUGUAGGAAACAUCAUUCUCACUGUUCAGAACGGAUAUAUGGAAGGCAUAUAUUAGACCAAAUAAUAGUCCAUCAGAAGAUGAAGCAGGAUUCGCGUCAUUACGUGCAAAUUUUCGAUGGGAUUGUGAAUUAGCAAUGGCAGAUAUUCUCCUUUUCCAUGCAAUUUUACAAGUUGUUGGAGGAAGUGAAAUUAAAGGGGCAUUUAACUUACGUAAAGCAUGGAAAACUUAUUCAAAAGUUCGUGACGAAAUUGAUCGAAUUAAACGUGAUGCGGGAAAAAAUGAUCAUAAGCAUGAAUUAAGUAGUUCAAGUAAUAGGUGGAGUCUUGGAAGUGCAAUAUUAGGAAGAGGAAGUAUAAGUAAUAUGGUUGGUUUUGGUGGGAAU